ACAGAGUAAACGCCACAAGUCUCUUCGUCUUUGCCUCACCAACAAUCAUUCUCUCGUCUUUACCUUUAAUCGAAUCAAAUCCCUAAUUUACAAAUUCAAAAGAAUCUCGAAAGCCUUGGGACUUUGAUUCAUUCGUGCUCUAAUAAUGGGGAAGAAGCGAAAAUCUGACGCCAGUCGACUCGAUGAGGUGGAUCGAACCAUGUACGGCGCGUUUCGAGGUGCUGCUAAUUCGCUAUCUCAGCUCUAUACCCACGCCAUGAACCAUCAACGCGUCUCUUUCCUCGCCGGUGAACGUCGCGGGCUGGAGAAGCUUCACCAAUGGAUUGUGAGACAAGAAGAAGAAGGAACAAGAGUGUCCACAGAUGACAUUACUACCUACUUGCAGAAUGAGCUUGAAUAUGAACCUGAGGAGACUUCGACGCCAGCCCCCAUGCAAGAGUUCCAUCAGAUCCACACCCAAUUCGCUCCACCAAACGUACAUACUUCUUCAGCAGCUCACGCUCCUCCAAGUCACAUACCACAACACUAUGAUUUUAACCAGGAGAAAGUCUUUUUGACUCAACCAAAUGGUCUCUCCAGUCCUGUUCGAAGAACCCUUCAGGAUUUCAGCUUGCGUGAGGCUGAGCCUGGUAACCACCAUCCAAACUCUACCGGCCAGGGGUUAUUUUAACUGAUUAUCUUUUUUUGUUUCAUUUGGCAGCAAUUUAAAAACCAAAAGUUCAAUUGUAAAGUCUCAAUUGUUUCAUGUAAUAUACUGAAUACUUUCUUUAAAUCUUUGGAAGAGUUUAAAAUUGACCCCUA